UCACUCUGGGGCUCGGAGCAGGAAAGCGCAGAGACACGGUACUCGUGACGCGCGGGGGAAACGCCUGUCUCCCCGCCCUCCGUCCAGUCGAUCUGGACUCCACUUCACUGCCCCGAGAGGAAGAGACGCUGCCCACCACCGCUCGCCCGGCACGCCUCUUUCUGUGGACGGACAGGCGAUACCGGAAGUGGGUGGGGUAACUUGAAAGCGCUUCCGGCGACUAGCGGCAAUUGAGUUGCAGGUGAGCGGCGGGUUCCCGUCCGUGUCCCGCCGACGGGCGACUGGAUGCCCUCGCCCACCGUGGCUGUCCAGGGCAGCCUUGCCUGAGCUCAAAAUGAACUAUAUGCCCGGCACCGCCAGCCUCAUCGAGGACAUCGACAAAAAGCACUUGGUCCUGCUACGAGAUGGAAGGACACUUAUAGGUUUUCUAAGAAGCAUCGAUCAGUUUGCUAACUUAGUGCUGCAUCAAACUGUGGAGCGCAUUCAUGUGGGCAAAAAGUACGGUGAUAUUCCUCGAGGGAUUUUUGUGGUCAGAGGAGAAAAUGUGGUCCUACUAGGAGAAAUAGACUUGGAAAAAGAGAGCGACACGCCCCUCCAGCAAGUAUCUAUUGAGGAGAUCCUAGAAGAACAGAGAGUAGAGCAGCAGACCAGACUGGAGGCAGAGAAGCUGAAGGUCCAGGCUCUUAAAGAUCGAGGCCUCUCCAUUCCUCGGGCAGAUACUCUGGAUGAGUACUGAGUCCCUGCUCUAGAGAGCAAGGGCUGUCACCUGGUCACAUCACACAUUUGACCAAAGACUGUCAAAAGUGAAAGGUGAUCUUCUUCUUUCACAUAUGCCAACAUAAAGAAAUCAUGUGUUUUUUUUUUUUUUUUUUUUUUUUUAAAAAAAAAUUUUUUUUUUUUUUUUUUUUUUUUUUUUAACAAAAGCAUUGUAUAUUUUGUUUUGCUUUUCUGUUCCAAACAGUCUUGUUAUUUAGCCCUGGCUAACCUAGAACUCUCUAUGUAGACCAGGCUGACCUCUGACUUGUGGGAUUAUAAGUGUGCUUCACCAUGCCCGGCUUUAUUGUUUAAAGAAACAGUGGCAUGACCCGCCCUCACACAAGUCACGUCUGUAUAUUGCUUUUCUUAUCUCAGAGUUUACAUUUAUUUUCAAAAGGUAUUGCUUCAUUUACUUGUAAAUAAAGAAUGAAUCCCAUAAUGUCA